AUGUUCGCCAAUUCGUUUGUGCGCUCAACACGCCGCGUGCGACCAGCUCCGCCAGCACUUCGGCUCAGAGGCGCCCGGCCUGCCUCGACACUGCCAGAGAACCCGCACAUUUAUGUGCACAAGGACCCAUACGAUGCAAGCAAGCGAUUGCUGUCUCUGCUCCCGACGGAACCCCCGACAGCCCAACUCGCUAUAGGCACAUGCACAGCUCUCCCGCCGACACCGCAGAACUUUAGCGAAAACCCGCAAUUCCUUCCCAUACUGUCGUCGGUGUUUGCGAGGUACGCCAUAGACGAUCCAUACGUCAAGUCACAAGCUGCCGUGUACGCGUCGCCAGGCGGCUCGAAUCUGUCACGGCCCAAUGAUGGCGCGGGGGGCGCCAACCACCAGGGGGGCAUGGGAGGGGCUGGCCAUGGGGGAUGGAUACACAUUAGCGAUUUGAGAAACCCUCCAGACUACGGGCGGAUUGCUUUUCCAGAGGACAUUUUUGGGAGCGUCGAGGUGGAUGGCAAUGGCAGGUUUAGCGGGGGCGAUGGGGGGUGGCAGAACAGCGGGACAUAUCGCAUUGUGACAAGGGAGGGAAUAUUAGGACUGACCGAGUUCAUGCGAGGAAAGGUGGUAGAAAAGCUGCUGGAUCUUGAGAGGCAGAUCAAGAAGAACUCGUAG